AUGAAGCCGGUGUUUGCCGUCGAGGUGCAGAGAGGAAAGUGGUUGAUGUUCGGAAAGGAUACAGUUCCGAAGUACACACCUGAUGCAUCACCACAUAUGGAUUCGGAUCUCAUGGAUUUCGUAUUCAUAGAUAUCAGACUCAUGGAUGAUGCUGCUGUUGUAAAGGGAAAUGCAGGAAACGGCGUGAGAACACUGCUAGAGCGGCUCGCCAGACUGCUCGCACCGGAAUCGCGCGAAUACGCCAAAUGA